UCCAGAGCCCUGAGUCAGCGGCCGCCCCCUCGGGCCCGCCCCCAGCGCACGCCCCUCGCUCCAUGGCAUUCCCGGGUGCUCGGGACUCUGCGCCGGCGCCCAGCGGCGGCGGCCCCUUCCCAGAGCCUGUGCCCCAAGACCCUGCCGGGCAGCGGUGGUCGCCCAUCCUUGGCACCAUGAAUGAGGCCCGCAGGGACAGCACGAGCAGCCUGCAGCGCAAGAAGCCGCCCUGGCUGAGGUUGGACAUCCCUGUGGCCGCCCCAGUGGAGGAGCCCAGCUUCCUGCAGCCCCUGCGACGCCAGGCCUACCUGCGAAGCGUGAGCAUGCCAAUGGAGACGGCACGUGGCCCCUCGCCCCCCCAUGAGUCCCGGCGAACCGCGCUGCAGCGUCAGCUCUCCAUCACACAGACCAUCCGCAGCCGACAGGUGCGCUUUGGGGGUGUCUACACGCUGCCCCUCUUGGGGACCCCUGCUGCCCGCAGGGCUCUCCCUCAGCGCUGGUCUCUCUCUCGGUCCCUGCUCAGGAGCACUGCUGACUGGUUCGGGGUCAGCAAGGACAGUGACAGCACCCAAAAGUGGCAGCGCAAGAGCCUGCGGCACUGCAGCCAGCGCUAUGGCAAGCUCAAGCCACAGGUGCUCCGCGAGCUGGACCUGCCCAGCCAGGACAACGUGUCCCUGACCAGCACAGAGACGCCCCCACCCCUCUACGUGGGGCCAAGCCAGCUGGGCAUGCAGAAGAUCAUCGACCCCCUGGCCCGGGGCCGAGCCUUCCGUGUGGCAGAUGACACCAUGGAUGGGCUGAGCGUCCCCCACACACCCGUUACCCCGGGAGCCGCCUCCCUCUGCUCCUUCUCCAGCUCCCGCUCAGGCUUCAACCGGCUCCCGCGGAGGCGCAAGCGUGAGUCGGUGGCCAAGAUGAGCUUCCGGGCGGCAGCAGCUCUGGUGAAGGUGAAUCCUGCCUCGUCCCUGCAGGGCCGCUCAGUCAGGGACAGCACGCUGCGCCGGGCCCAGCGCCGGAGCUUCACCCCCGCUAGCUUCCUGGAGGAGGACACGGCUGACUUCCCUGAGGAGCUGGACACGUCCUUCUUUGCCCGGGAAGGUGUCCUCCAUGAGGAGCUGUCCACGUACCCGGACGAGGUGUUUGAGUCCCCGUCAGAGGCCGCCAUCAAAGACUGGGAGCGGGCACCGGAGCAGGCGGACCUCACUGGCGGUGCCCUGGAGCGCAGCGAGCUGGAGCGCAGCCACCUCAUGCUGCCCCUGGAACGCGGCUGGCGGAAGCAGAAGACGGGAGCGGUGGGCGCUGCUGCAGUCUCAACGCCCAGGGUGCGGCUGCGGCAGGAGGUGGUGAGCGCUGCAGGGCAGCGGCGGGGCCAGCGCAUAGCGGUGCCAGUGAGCAAGCUCUUCGCGCGGGAGAAGCGGCCCUACGGACUGGGCAUGGUGGGCCGGCUAACCAAUCGCAGCUACCGCAAGCGCCUGGACAGCUACGUCAAACGGCAGAUCGAAGACAUGGAUGACCACAGGCCCUUCUUCACCUACUGGCUCACCUUCGUGCACUCGCUGGUCACCAUCCUGGCCGUGAGCAUCUAUGGCAUCGCGCCCGUGGGCUUCUCUCAACACGAGACCGUGGACUCAGUGCUACGGAACCGUGGGGUCUACGAGAAUGUCAAGUACGUGCAACAGGAGAACUUCUGGAUCGGGCCCAGCUCGGAGGCGCUGAUUCACCUGGGCGCCAAGUUCUCGCCCUGCAUGCGCCAGGACCCCCAAGUGCACAGUUUUAUCCUGGCGGCGCGGGAGCGCGAGAAGCACUCGGCCUGCUGCGUGCGGAACGACAGGUCCGGCUGCGUGCAGACCUCAGAGGAGGAGUGCUCGUCCACUCUGGCCGUGUGGGUGAGGUGGCCAUCCCAUCCCAGCACCCCAGACCUAGCUGGCCACAAGAGGCAGUCUGGCUCCGUGUGCCACCAAGACCCAAGAGUCUGUGAUGAGCCCUCCUCUGAGGAUCCCCAUGAGUGGCCGGAUGACAUCACCAAGUGGCCGAUCUGCACCAAGAGCAGCGCGGGGAACCACACCAACCAUCCCCACAUGGACUGUGUCAUCACAGGCCGGCCGUGCUGUAUCGGCACGAAGGGCAGGUGUGAGAUCACCUCCCGGGAGUACUGCGACUUCAUGAGGGGCUACUUCCACGAGGAAGCCACACUCUGCUCGCAGGUGCAUUGUAUGGACGACGUGUGUGGGCUCCUGCCUUUCCUCAACCCUGAGGUGCCUGACCAGUUCUACCGCCUGUGGCUGUCCCUCUUCCUGCACGCUGGAGUCCUGCACUGUCUGGUGUCUGUCUGCUUCCAGAUGACUGUGUUGCGGGACCUGGAGAAGCUGGCAGGCUGGCACCGCAUCGCCAUCAUCUACCUGCUGAGUGGCAUCACGGGCAACCUGGCCAGCGCCAUCUUCCUCCCGUACAGGGCCGAGGUGGGUCCGGCCGGCUCGCAGUUUGGCAUCCUGGCCUGCCUCUUCGUGGAGCUCUUCCAGAGCUGGCAGAUCCUGGCGCGGCCAUGGCGUGCCUUCUUCAAGCUGCUGGCCGUGGUGCUGUUCCUCUUUGCCUUUGGGCUGCUGCCCUGGAUCGACAACUUUGCCCACAUCUCGGGCUUCGUCAGUGGCCUCUUCCUGUCCUUCGCCUUCCUGCCCUACAUCAGCUUUGGCAAGUUUGACCUGUUCCGAAAGCGCUGCCAGAUCAUCGUGUUCCAGGUGGUCUUUCUGGGGCUCCUGGCGGGCCUGCUGCUGCUCUUCUACGUGCACCCUGUGCGCUGCAAGUGGUGCGAGUUCCUCACCUGCAUCCCCUUCACAGACAAGUUCUGUGAGAAGUAUGAGCUGGAUGCCCAGCUGCACUGAGCCGCUGGGCAGCUGGUGUGCGGGGGCCUCUCACGCCUCCUGCCCUGGCACUUUCUGCCAGUUCCCUGAAGAGUCUUGACGACCACCUCACGUGGCCAAUAAAUGGACCGGGAGCGUUUUAGCUGCCACUAACUGA